GAGAGAGGGAGAGAAGGGAGCCGGCUGGUAGCAAGCUCGGAGAGCAUGUGGUACAGGAAGUGUGCGGCUGCGUAGUGCUUUCACAAGAGGUCAGGUGCAUAAUACUACACCCACCUCACAAUCUAAAAGCGACAGGGAGAGAGAGAGAGAGAGAGAGAGAGAGAGAGAGAGAGAGAGAGAGAGAGAGAGAGAGAGAGGGAGAGGGAGAGGGAGAGAGAGGGAUCUGGUGGAAAGUACUACGAAGGCAAACACAUUCGCACGCAGACACAGUAGCUGAUGUAACGAAGGCAACACAUUCGCACGCAGGCACAGUAGCUGAUGUAACCAUGAAAAGGCACUAAUCACAAUGAGGAUCCGAGCAACCCAGGGGACCGUCCUCAGGUAGAACCCACCAGCUAAGAGAUUCAGUAGAAAAAGUGCCUGAAAACCCCUUGAGAAACAACAACAACAACACCACCAGUACUACUACUACAACUAUUACUACUGCACUUCGCCAGCCACCAUGUCGCUGCUCACCCAUGCGCUGGCGUGCCUGUUUGGCAUCGGCUCGUGGGUGGCCAUCAACGGCAUGUGGGUGGAGCUGCCCCUGAUCGUGCCCGACAUCCCCGAGGGCUGGUUCCUGCCCUCCUACCUCACCGUCAUCAUCCAGAUGGCCAACGUGGGCCCGCUCUUCGUCACCCUCAUGCACCGCUUCCGCCCGGGCUCCCUGGACGAGCGGCCCGUCAUCUACGGCAUCGUGAGCCUGGGGGUGGUGGCCACCUUCCUGCUCGCCUUCCUCUGGAAGCACAAAGUGCAGGUGGGUGACGCGGUGCACAGCGUGCCCCUGCUGGUGCUCAGCUUCCUGCUGUCCGUGGUGGACUGCACCUCCUCCGUGACCUUCCUGCCCUUCAUGAUGCGCCUGCCGCCACACUACCUCACCACCUACUUCGCCGGCGAGGGGCUGAGCGGGUUGGUGCCCGCGCUGGUGGCGCUCAUCCAGGGCGUGGGCAUGGUGCAGUGCCACAACACCACCACCAGCGCUCUGGCGAACGGCACCCAGGCGGCGGGCAACUCGAGUUGGGGCGCCGGGGAGCUGAAGGCCGUUUACCAGCCGGCCAACUUCUCAGCCCAGACCUUCUUCCUGUUCCUCAGCGUGAUGAUGGUGGUCUGUCUGGGCGCCUUCCUCCUCCUCAACUUCCACCCGGCCGUGGCCAGGGAGCGCGAGAGCCAGCACUACCUGGGCCAGCCGGGCGGGGAGAAGGCAGACGUGGUGGGGGGGCUAGGCCUCCAGAGCUCUGCCCCAGAGCAGAAGCCCAUGCUGGGUCACCUGGAGGACCAGAUCGAGCUGGAGAUGGAGCGGCGCAGCAGCUUCGGGAAGGGCACCUACAGCCGCUUGGAGGUGGUGUUCAUAUUCGUGGUGCUGGCCUGGGUCAACGCGCUGACCAAUGCCGUGCUGCCGUCGGUCCAGUCCUACUCGUGCCUGCCCUACGGCAACCAGGCGUAUCACCUGGCGGCCACCAUGGCGGCCGUGGCCAAUCCCUUGGCCUGCUUCAUCGCCAUGUUCGCUCCCAUCAGGUCACUGCUGCUGAUGGCGCUGCUGACGGUGACUGGUACAGGCUUUGGGGCCUACAUCAUGGCCAUGGCUGCCCUCAGCCCGUGCCCUCUGCUGGUCCACAGCGCCUCGGGAACAGCACUGAUUGUCAUCACGUGGAUACUGUUUGUCCUCACUCUCUCCUAUGUGAAGGUGAUCAUUGGCAUUAUUCUGCGUGAUGAGGGUCACAGCGCCCUCGUCUGGUGUGGAGCGGUAGUGCAGCUGGGCUCUAUGAUUGGUGCCAUGUCAAUGUUCCCAUUGGUCAGUGUAUAUGGACUCUUCACCUCAGGAGAUCCCUGCAACACUAAAUGCUCAAGAUAGAUGCACUGAUACAGUAGAUAUGCACUUACAAAAGCUACUUUCAAAGAAACCUGUCGGGUAUUGUUUUGUACGGUGCUACCUGUAUUUAGUCAUCAUCACCUUUGGCAGGGCUGGCAACCUGCUGUGUGAUAGCACAAAGAAAACAAUACUCGAAAAAGACUGAUCAUAUGCUCUGAGCAAUCAGUACUGAGGCCGAAAGGAACUUUUCUUCACAACUGUACAAACAAUCACCACCAUACAGACUUGUCACUAAUUUUGGAGGGGCCAUUUUUGUCAUCAUGCAUUUUUUUUUUUUUUUUUAAAUCUCUGACUAUCAUAUGGCAUAGCCCAGUAGUAUAGUAGUUAGAGCGCCAAAUUAGAUCUGAAUGUGCCUGUUACAGAACCGCAAUUCCAGAAUGCUUGUCAUCAUAUAUGCUGACAUUGUCACAAAAAAGCGUUACAGAUCAUCAUUACAAAUAGCCUAUUGUUACUGCUCAAUGCACUAGGUGCCUUAAUUUAUGAAUUCUCCUUGUGAGGUUUAAAUGUAUAUCUUGAAGAGUUUACAUGACCAUGUAAAUGAUUUUGAUUGUGUCUCUUUUGAUAUUUGCCUAUAUUUUCCUAUGUUGCAUUUUUUAAAUAAAUAUUUGUCGUGGUCGAAACAUAA